CCCAGUAGUUUUAAUGGGGGAACACAAGCAUGAAGCACUGGUCUUUUUAGGGUGGCAGGGCUCUGAUUUGGCCUUUAAUGAAAAAUGGGUCUUUUUUCUCUUUUUUAAAAUAUAGAUAAAUGUCUUGCUUUUGUCUUAAGCAAGUAUGCACAUGUACCUGAAUCUGAGCUUGCGUGAAGAAGCUCUAAUGUGUCUCUCUGUGAUUCAGAGAGGUUCAGCUUUUUCUUGAUUCAUGAGCCCGCACAACAGGGUACUGUAACCUAACCCUAGCUAGAGGAUCUUCUAUGAUUAGGGUUUUUGCUCGUUCUCAUCCCAAGUGGCCUUCUCCCUCUUAGAGCUUUUCUGGGGACUUUAAUCGCGGUGUCUUAGCUCUUCGUCUCAUUUUCAGAGAUUUUCUCCAGCGAUUUCUAGGGUUAAUGUGCAUUAGGGUUUCUCUAGCGAACUUUUUAGGGUAUUGUUGGGUGUUUGAGGUCAGUGCAGUUCUGGGAAUUUUAGUGGCGAUUUCGGAGAAUGCUGGCGUUUGGACGGUCUUGAAAUUGCAGGGUACAUUCAUUUCGGAGAGUUUUAUGACGCCUUUAUAUAGCUUUUCUCUUGAACUUUCUGUGGAUUUUUGGGGUUUUUGGGUGUUUGAAAUCAUUGGUUAAAAGCUUCAGUGGAAUAUUUGGAACACUUGUGUGGAAUUUUAAGUUUUCUGCCUUGAUCUUUUUUGUGAAGUUUAUGUAUUCUGUUUUUUAGGUAUGAGAUUUAUGGCCCUCAGAAAGAUGGCAGGGGCUCCUUCUUUGCAGGGAAAAAAAUGGCGGUAUGAAAGUGCCUUACUGCUGUUCUAUUCGAUAAUAUAGGGCACUGAAAUAGAUAAAUGCAGAGAGAGUUAGGGUUUUUCUUGCAUGAAUUUUUGAGGCGUCAAUGUCGUUUCAGGCUUAACAGAAGUAAAUUAGGUUAUUUAUUGAAGAAGUUGAAGUACCGUGCAGAAUUUUUUUUUUGAAAAGUUGCAUUUUUUCGAGAAGUUAAGGAAGAAUGCUGACACAUUUGAUUGGUGUUUCCUACUCAGCUAAUAUUUGGAAUUGGUUAUGGACAUAAGAAGCCAUUAAAGAUUGAAGUGCUUUAGGGAUUUUUCUCGAGCAUUUCCGUUAUUUAAUCAAAAGGAAACCAAAUUCUACGGGGCAUUGUUAAAGAGAUUAGGGCAUGAUUAAAAGAGUUUGGGUCAUUAUUGAAGAAAUUGGGAGAGAAAAAAGAGUGACUAAAAUAAAUCUUAGGGAAGUUAUAGAGUUCAUUAGGUGAAGAUGAGCGAUACAUCUGGGAAGGCGAUUUCUAGUUUAACAGUUGCUGAUAAAUGGCAUCACAAGCCUGGGGGUUGUGUAGGUGCUUUUUUUCAGCUUUUCGACUGGAAUCGCCGUCUGUCAAAGAAGAAAUUGUUCUCCAACAGGCUUCUUCUACCAGACCGAACAAAACAGCUAUCUAAAAAGUUCAGGAAAGAGAAACUGCCCAUGGCAAAGCUACUUCUGAUUGCUGAUGAGAACAGAGGGGGCUUUCCAAAUGCAAAGAAACCUGAUCCAGAUUGCAUCUCUUCUAACACUAGCAAUGGAGGUACUAAAACAGGCAGCAGGCGACCUGGUGUGGUUGCUAGGCUCAUGGGCCUCGAAUUUUUGCCAUCACCUGAACCUUCAAAUCGUAGUCUCCAAAAAACGGAAUUUAACAAUUCCAUUGACAAGCAAAGGAAAAAAUCUGAAUUGCCGGAUUGUGGUAUUGACCCAUGCUCAGAAAAGGAACCCACGAGGGUCGAUUCUUUCUCUAGGAAACUUGUUGAAUCAAGGCCUCAAAAGUUGCAGAAAACUGGUUUCUUUGAGAAGCGCCCAGUGUCGAGGUUUCAGACUGAUUCAUUGUCAUUUAGAGGUGUAAUUUCCAAGUCCAAGAAGAAGCACCCAAAGCUUCUCUCUCCUGUUAAGAGCCCAGGGAUCCUUUCUUCAAAACAUGCAGCUCGGUUAAUGGAUGCUGCGUCCAAGUUAUUGGAGCCAGGGUUGCAAGCAACCAGCAGGGCAAAAUGUGCCCUCCCUUGUUCUCUCUCUACUCAUGCAGCACUGAGAGAUCGGGUAUCAGAUGAGGAAACUGAGAUUCUAGAGAGAGAAAGCAGGCUCCAUGGAGCACCUCAAAAGAGAGUCGAGAUAAAUGUUAAGUCAGCAAAGGAACAGACUUUGCCCAAGAUUUGUGAUAUUCUAAGGGAGACUGUAAAUUCUGGGUCAAACUCUGAGGCAUUUGAGCAGAAGCAGAAGCAAAAGCUUGGUGGUUGUGUUUCAGAAGUUGCCCAAGAUCCCAGCAACAAGAGAUCAAAAACUCCUCCUGUCAUGGCAUACAACCAAGAGAUGAAUAAUGCAGUGGGAGCAGUAUCAUUUUGUUCAAAUUCAAACAGUACAAAGACAGCUAGUUUAGGGAACAAUGAAAAUGGCAUGUCCCUUGCCAUUCAAGCGAAGGUAAACAUACAAAAAAAGACUCGAGAUGCUCAGAAUAGGACCAGGUUUCUUCCAACGGAGCAAGUUAAAUGUUCAUCUAGUGAGAGGGUGGAGCUGAGUCACCACAAUGUUGGUGCGUUGAGUUCAAUUCCACAUAACAAUUUAAGGCGGGAUAAGGCAUUGUCAGUGAAAGAAAGGGCUCCUAUAAAACCCAGAUUGUGUAAUUUGCAAUCUGGGAGAGAUUCAUCCAUUGGGGCUGCAAAAGAUUUUGUUCUUUUGAACAAGAAUUUGAAUGGCUACUCUAGAAACAAAACUUGCAACAAAGUGUCAGGUGAUUCUAAAAUUGCUCUGAAGCAUAAAGAACCAGUGAAGAGGAAUGCCUUGGAUAGGAAAAUUGAUUCCUCAUUGAGAGCAAAGACCUUGAUGAGAAAAAAAAGGGUGAUGAAUGGGGAUCAAGAGAGAGAGAUUAUGGUGAGUAGUGGCAGGAAAGAGAUGAGUUUGAGCAACCAAUUUUUGGUUAUGAGCCAUAACAAAAGUGAGCCUAUAGCAAAAGCAGUAAAUAGCCGAGAAAGCCCAGAUGAAGCUGACCAUGAUGCUUCUAGUGGCAGUAGAGAGAUGGACAUUGUCUCUUUUACAUUUACUUCCCCGAUGAGACCAGCAUGUGGGUCUUCCACCUCAUCAAAUAUGUUAAAUAGAAAGACAGCCUCUAAUGCAAUGGAUGGAGAUCUGUCGUCUCCUGGAUCCACAGCAGUGACAGGAGACCUUUUAAGUGCUCUUUUGGAACAGAAGUUAAGAGAGUUGGCUUCUCAGAAUCCCAAUUUGUUGACCAAUGGUGCACAAGGAAAAACUACAGUUUCCAUUCUACAAGACCUUAUAUCCGGUCUUACUAGUGACGGGCCUGUUUCUCAGGAGCGGGACAGGAACUUCUUGGUAGAUAGUCCUGUCAAUUCUGCUUGUUCCUCCACUAGUAGCCAGUUCUAUAAUACAAAGCCACAGAGGGAGAAACAGAGCCUGCAUAAAGAGCUGGAGGGCACUGAAUUUUCCUUCUAUGAUAAAACAAAUCCCAACUGUAACUGUCUUCAGAUGAACCUGAAAUCAGGUGUUUCUUCUACUGGGUCGGUGCUUGCCAACAACUGUAAUCAUCACAGUCCAGUAUCCAUCCUUGAUGCUUCUUUCUCAAAUGACAGUUGCCAUUCCUCAGAGAGUUUUGAUAACACCCCAGUCCACAAGCUGAAUCUCUCACCUGCGGAUCGCCCAGAUGCUGAGUUAUCGGACUCUGCAACUUCUGUGGAUGUAGAAAAGGUUGGAAGUGAAAAAAUCAUGAGUACCAUCAUUGACAUCUCCAGAAUGCACGGUAUCAAACCUUCAGUUAUUGGUUUGGGAGAGCACUAUUUGAGUUUAGAAUACCAAGAACUCAAUUAUGUCCGAGAAGUCGUAUCCAAUGCUGAUUUGAUGUUUGAGAAUGCAGUACUAAUGGGGGGCUCAAUUAUAGACCCUCUUCUCUUUGAUAAAUUAGAAGCUCAAUGUGGGUUUGGGUUCUCAAAAUCCAAUGGUGGUUACCUUAACAGGAGGUUCCUGUUUGAUUGUAUAACAGAGACUAUGAAUAUGAAAUAUAGUCGGUGUUGCAGGGCUGGAUACAAAGCAUGGGCCAAACUGCCCUUCUUGGUUUUGAGAGAGAGGUUAACCAAGGAAAUUUAUGGAGAGAUUUCAAGGUGGAAGAGUAUGACCCAUAAAGUUUUGGAUGAAAUUAUAGAUGUUGAAAUGAGCAGUCCAUUGGGUAAAUGGUUGGACUUCGAGGUAGAGGCUUUUGAGAUUGGGGUAGAAACAGAGAGAGAAAUAAUGCGAACACUGAUUCAAGAACUUGCCGUUGAACUUGCAGGAUUCUGGCCAAAAUCGUCUUUUAAUGGCAUGAACUCUUUUUCAGUUACAUGAUGCUCUGUAAAGAGGCCUUUACUGUUCUAAGUUUCGGCAAGAUGUUCAAUUACACGGGUUUACUUUUCAUGGCUUUUGGAAAUGUUCUGUUACUUGAGGAUGUGUAGAUGGAAUUUUUUCGGGGUUUCAGGUACAGAUUUUGGCUUUCAUUUUUGUAAUUACACGGCUCUUUUGAGUUACCCAUGUUCAGGGGUUUUUUGGUGUAUGCAUCUCUUAUCUGUACAAAUCAAUGAGCUUCAUGGAUUAUUCCCAGAGAUUGUAUAUCUCAAGGAGGGUUAAUGUAUGUUUUAUUGGGUGGAUUUCUUACUCAUCAA